AUGGCAUACUUUCUGGUCUAUCUCCUAGUGCUCAUAUUAGUGCCCACAAUAAGUGCAGACCCAGAUGCUUUGCAGGAUUUCUGUGUGGCUGAUACCAACUCCUCUACAAUUUUUAUGAAUGGGCUGCCUUGUAUUAAUCCCAGUAAGGCUUCUGUAAAGCACUUUACCACAUCUGCUCUGAGCAAGCCGGGAGAUACAUCAACCAAUGUGUUCAAUGCGAGUGUGAUUAUUGCAACAGCUCAAAUCCUUCCUGGUAUAAACACAUUGGGUAUAACAAUUGCUCGUGUAGAUCUGGCUGUAAAAGGAGAAGUUCCUCCACAUUUUCAUGCUAGAGCCACUGAAAUAAUCUUCGUCCUGGAAGGAAAUCUCAUCGUUGGCUUCGUGGACACCACCUACAAGCUUUUCUCUACAGAGAUUAAAACAGGAGAUGUCUUUGUGUUCCCCAAGGGCCUCGUACACUUUGUUUACAACAUGGGAAACACAAGUGCCGUUAUGAUACAAGCUUUUAAUGGUCAAGAUUUCGGUACCACUCUCAUCCCUAUUGCUGUUUUUCACUCUAGCCCGGGUAUUCCAGACCAAGUCUUGUCCAAGGCAUUUCAGAUUUCUGCUGCUGAGGUGGAUACAAUAAGAAAGAACCUCGGUGGGAAAUGA